CCUGCUGUUGUGCUGGAGACACCGGCCGCUUCGUUUCGUUGUCAAGUGAAGCGAUUUUCGAUGCCCAAAAAGAUUACAAACAAAACGAUAAAGUUGCUCGAUGAAUGUGACUACAAUGUGCGCUUGACUUUAAAAUCUACGAAUGACUUGUACUGGUCAGAAGUGACUGUCAAAGAAGAUGAUUUUGUACAUUUUUACCCAAAAUCAUUGCCAAACGCUGAUCCAGAUAAGAAGCAACAGGAUGGAAAGCGAACUCCGGACGUUCAGGAUACGCAGGCUGAUGAAAAUCAUGCAGCUGAUUUGCUGAAAACCAGUGUGGACCAGAUGCAGUAUUGGAUAGAAGCGCUUCAAGAAAUGAGCACAAAAUUGCGAGAGCAGGAGAAGUUACAGGGAGCGGAAGGCAAGGAUUCUGAAAAAAUACGCGCGAAUGCGGCUGUGGAAGAUGAAGAUGGAUUUGCUCCAAGCAUACAACCAACCAGGAUACGUGAUGCCUGUGGCCUCGCUGGUCUCCCGAUACGACCAGCAACUGGCGGCGCAGUUCCUCAUUCUCAGUUCCACGACAGUAGCAACAGUAACGGUUAUGGUUUAACCCCAGAGCAGCAGCAGUGUGGUCUGGCCACAAGCAACUGGGCCACAUUGCCGUACUUUCAUUGCCCAGACGCUGCUGCCCAACAAAAUGCUCAAAUGUUCGUUUGCUUUAUUUCGAAGUUUUGA